CCACACCCAUCGGCGAGCCGAUUCCGGGGCAGCGAGUCGUCGGCCGCCGCGCUCGAGCCUCCGCCCGCACCGAGCCGCGGGACCCGGGCCGUACCGGGGAGGGGCCGCUCCGGGCCGCAGCGCGAGGGCAGCGAGGGGCGGCGGGGACCUGGCACCGGGCGGGGCCGGCGGCAGCGACCAUGAUCGCUUUGUUCAACAAGCUGCUGGACUGGUUCAAGGCCCUAUUCUGGAAGGAGGAGAUGGAGCUCACGCUGGUCGGGCUUCAGUACUCGGGCAAGACCACCUUCGUCAACGUGAUCGCGUCAGGACAGUUCAACGAGGACAUGAUCCCCACCGUGGGUUUCAACAUGCGCAAAAUCACCAAAGGGAAUGUGACUAUCAAGCUCUGGGACAUUGGGGGACAGCCGCGUUUCCGCAGCAUGUGGGAGCGCUACUGCCGAGGAGUGAGCGCCAUCGUGUACAUGGUGGAUGCUGCUGACCAGGAGAAGAUUGAGGCCUCUAAGAACGAGCUCCACAACCUACUGGACAAACCUCAGCUGCAGGGCAUCCCGGUCUUAGUCCUGGGUAACAAGCGAGACCUUCCGGGAGCACUGGAUGAGAAGGAGCUGAUUGAGAAAAUCCCCAGGCCCCCGGACGUUCGUAGCCUCAGCGGACUCUACUCUGGUUUCCCCCAGGAAUCUGUCUGCCAUCCAGGACCGAGAGAUCUGCUGCUACUCCAUCUCCUGCAAAGAAAAGGACAACAUUGACAUCACCCUACAGUGGCUUAUUCAACACUCAAAGUCACGGAGAAGCUGAGACUCCAGCCCUUCUCCCUCAGACCAGGGACCGUCGUCAUCUAAACCUGAAGCCGAGCUCCCCGCCCACCCCUGUCGUCCCCCUAAGCCCACCCCUCCUCACCCAGCGUGAGGAGGGCCCUGUGGGGACCCCAGAGUCCUGUUCUGCUGAGGUUUGAACUCCUGUUUUUAUUGUAAAAUAAAUUGCCCCCCAUUCUGGUCCCCUAACUUCUCACCCUUCCCCCCUGCCUUUGUCCCAUCACCCAGCCCUGCCUCCCUCCCAACAGCCCUGGGCCACAGCCCCGGCCCCUGGCUUUUCCCCGGCCCACUCCUGUACCUCCCUUUUCAACACUCUCUGUUAUUGUCCUGUGUGUACAGUAUAUAUAUGUAUAUAUAUUUUAAUUUUUUAAUUUAAGCAAAGACUAAAAUCAACCAUUUGAUGCUGCAGGGGCCUUCCAGGAUCUGGGAGGGGGCAGUCUGGAGAGAAGGAGGGAGAUGCAGGUGGACUUGGGGCAAGUUCAGAUCAGGAGAGGUGCAGGCUGGCACCUGCGGCAGGUACCAGCCUGGGCACUGGUGGCCGCCUCCCUGUCCCGUGUGUUUCUACCACCCAAUCUGGCUUGUCCUGGCAGUGCUUGAAUGCCACAGGCUGGCAGGGGCCUCCGGGGCUCCCUCCCCUCAACCCCCAGCCUGGGUAGAGCCACCAGGUACGACGACCAGGUACCAGAAACCACCAGGCACACGGGGCAGAAAGCCAGCGUCCAUGCCCCAGCAGCCCCCUCCUGCCUGUUCCUGGCUCCCAGCUCCCGCCCCUCCCCAGGGCCCCCACCUCCACGGCCCACUUCAUUUUCUGUUCUCAUUUUGCAGAGUUGCACAAGGAGAGAACUCAGCAUGGGGGGUUGGUUCUUUGGGUUCUGUUUGUUUAUUUGUUUAAUUUAAUGAUUUGUAAAGUGAUGUUCCUCUUCCUUUUUUACACUUUUCAGCUCAUAUUUAACCUCUGUUUGGAAAAUGAUUCUUGUAACUGUACAUUUUUUUGCCUCCUAAUAACAAUGACAACAAAAAAAAUAAAUGACCAGUUUUGUGUUG